CCCGCGCCCUGCGCCCCGCCGAGCUCGCCACGCGCCCCGGAGCCCCCAGCGCCCCCUGACCGCUCCCGGGGCCGGCGCCGGACCAGAGACCCCCCCACCGCUGCAUCUGCACAGUCGGCUGACACCGCACCCCACGCUGAGGGGAGGCCGGGUGCCAGGUGGGCUGGCGUCACCCAUGGAAUCGCCCCUGGGGCUGCCAGUACGGGCGCCAGGACCCCUCGACCCGCUCGGCCUCCAGCCAAGAACCAGGGACUGAAGCCGAGGAAGGAGACACCUGCUUACGGAAGAAGAUCUGUGCUCUGGGAGGGGAGUGGGGUCUAGUGGUUAGAGCAGGAAGCCAGGGCUCCUGGGUUCUAUCCCGGGCUGUGGGAGGUUAUUGGGGUCUAGUGGUUAGAGAGUUUUAGGACCCAGGACUCCUGGGUUCCAGAGUCGAUCCCCAGCCGUGAGUAGGGAGGAGGGUGCAAGGAAGUCUCUGUCGUCAGGUUGGGUGGGUGGCCCCACCCCAUCCCCCUGUCAAGCUGGAGUCCUUGAAGCGCUGGAAUGAGGAGAGGGUGGUGUGGUGUGAGAAGGGGGUUCAGAUCCUCCUCACCACCGUCGGGGCCUUCGCAGCCUUCGGCCUCAUGACCAUCGCCAUUGGCACCGACUACUGGCUCUACGCCCGCGCCUUCAUCUGUAACACCACCAACAUCUCCAGCGAGGAAAUGCCCCACAAGGACAAGAAGGACCCAGGGGGCCUCACCCACUCCGGCCUCUGGAGGAUAUGCUGCCUGGAAGGCCUGAAGAGGGGUGUGUGUGUGAAAAUUAACCACUUCCCUGAGGACACAGAUUACGACCACGACAGCGCCGAGUAUCUCCUGCGUGUGGUCCGUGCCUCCAGCAUCUUCCCCAUCCUCAGCGCCAUCCUGCUGCUGCUGGGGGGGUUCUGUGUGGCCGCCAGCCGGGUCUACAAGUCCAAGCGCAACAUCAUCCUGGGCGCUGGGAUCUUAUUCGUUGCUGCUGGCCUCAGCAACAUCAUCGGGGUGAUUGUGUACAUCUCGGCCAACGCCGGGGACCCGGGCACCAAGCGGGACGACGAGAAGAAAAGCCACUACUCCUACGGCUGGUCCUUCUACUUCGGGGGCCUGUCCUUCAUCCUGGCUGAGAUGAUCGGGGUGCUGGCCGUCAACAUCUACAUCGAGAAGAACCGGGAGGCCCACUGCAAGAGCCGCACCGAGCUGCUGAAGAACCCCUCGUCCUCCUCCAGCGCCAUCCUGCGCCUGCCCAGCUACCGCUUCCGCUACCGGCGCCGCUCCCGCUCCAGCUCCCACUCCACCGAGCCCUCGCAGUCGCGGGACGCCUCGCCCGUGGGCCUCAAGGGCUUCCCCUCCACCGACAUCUCCAUGUACACCCUCUCGCGGGACCCCUCCAAGGCCAACGUCAGCAGCCUCUACGGGGCCGAGCGGGAGGGGGCCGGCGGGGCCUUCCUGCAGCUCCACAACACCUUCCCCAAGGACCCCGGCGUGACGGUGACGGUGACAGGGCCCGGCACGGCCGGUGCCACCGGCACCCUGGGCAAGGACGCCUCCUCCAACACCAACACGCUCAACCGGAAGACCACGCCCGUGUAGGGGCAGGCGGCGGGGGGCUGGCGGCAGG